AUAACGGACAUUCCGGUGAUCGAUCUUCCAUUCCUUCUUUGCUCCACCCCGCGAUCGUCCACCAGCAUUCUUUCUCUAUACCGCAAAAGGCGUCCGACACUCGCAAACGAGAAGGCGACUUCAGACCCUAAAAAUAGGAAACAAUAGCCAUUGUACGACUACCGACCAGAUUCAGCAACCCUGCAUACCAGCAGAUAUAUCUGAAGCCCGACCGGCUAGUCUACAGCUCUUAUCACUCACCGUCAACUACCUACUCAACCAUACCAUACUGGUCCGACUGUUAUCACCAUGAGUUUGGCGAGAGCCUUUACGAAGCGCAACAAGCGCCCCGAGGUCUCGGCGCCGAUGCCGUACCGUGAAGCACACAAGUUCUCCGGCCCGAUCAACCGAGACAAGAUCUCAGCCCCCGUGGAAUUGUUGUCGACGACGAAUAUGCUGGCCUACAAUGCUCCCGACAUUCACUCGGCAACCUCAUCGUCUACCUCGUCCCUGCAGUCACCGGAUGACUCGGAGCUGUCCUUUACGCAACGCAGUUUUGGCUCGCCGCUUACGACUCCGGAUGAAUCUCCGAUCGAGCCGAACCCUCUGCCUUCGUACUUUCCCAAGCGAUCUGCGACCAUUACGAGUCACCCCCGCUCUUCGACGUCGACAGCCUCCUCCACGGAAGCGCCCUUGGUUCCCAAGCGGGCCCUGUCCCACACGAAGCGGACUCAUCAAGAGCUUGCUCGCCAGCGUUCCUUGUCACGACUGUCUCCACCUCCAUUGAAUUCCUUGCGCAACGCAUCUAGCAACCGUCCAGCGCAUGAUAGCUACAAGGCGGAACCUCAUCCUUUCAGCAAGGAGCUGGAGCAGGUGAACGAGGUGGUGGAAGAGUUUGGUGGCGCGCGUAUACUCGACGAUGAAGAACUUAUCCUCCGAGACAAGGGAUUGAUGAAAUUCACCGCCGAUGACUAUCUCGUGGAGAUUGAGGACCUUUAUGGCAGCAUCUUCGAUGACUAUCUGGGUUCGAUAGGUUCUGGAGCCUGGCUAUGAGCCGAGUUUCCUUUCGCUUCUUCCUUUCUUUACAACCAUUUAUUUCCGAGGGAUUUUGCCUGGAGGGCACUGGACAGGGACUGGAUACUCCCUUCCUCUCAUCAGGAUUU